UCUACAGACAUGUCAACACGCCGUCGGAAGAACGACUAGAAAAGGCCACACCGCUGUCAGUUACAUCGAAAUGAAAUUAAUGUAGCUCAUUUAGGGAGCCACAAACUAUUUUUUUUUCUGGUUUUACUUGGUAAUGGACUGCUACAAAUACGUAACACAACAAAGGCAGUUAAAUUAAGAUGUGGUCUGGUGUGACUACUGGGUUAGCACUGAUGGUAACGCCUAGUUCAUGCUCCCAAGUCGGAAUAACGGGCGUUUUGCUAAUCUUCGCAUUCUUCUGACAGUUAACGAAGGCAGCAUAUAAUAGAUUUUUGUCACGUGAACCUCCUUGCGCAGACUCCGUCUUCACGGGCUGGGGGUUGGAGAUAUAUCCGGAAGACGGAUGACAUAAAAUGAAUAUACAUUUCCCUCCCCAUAUGGUUGUCGAAAGUGCGGUAAUAACACUUGUGUAAAUGGUCGACUGAGCAAACAGAAGGCUGACUUAUGCCACGAAAGUCUCAAUGAGGAAACAGCGCAAGAAAUAAAUCAAAGUCCCGAGUGGCAAGAGCAACAGCUCUUCUUAAUUACGUUAUAUUCAUUACAUCCUUGCAAAGGUGACAGGGAAAAAAACGAUACUCGGCCGAAGCGUGGGCACAGGAGGUCUAUGAGACGGUGAAUCAUGAGAUUAACAGGCCCCCUGAGAGUUGUGGCUGUGCUGCUGUUGGUGGGGCUCACCUGGCUGCUGGCAAACACUUUAUUUGGAGGGGAGAGUGGUUCAUCUGUGCGGCAUUUUUUCAGUGGUGCAAGUGAGGAACCAACACCUUCUGAACCCCGCCCUCGAAGGUAUAAAUGUGGACUUUCAGCCCCCUGUCCCCCAAAACAUUUGGCUUUCCGCCUGGUGUCUGGUGCUGCCAACGUCAUCGGCCCCAAAAUCUGCCUGGAGGACAAGAUGUUAGUGAGCAGUGUGAAGAACAACGUUGGCAGAGGACUAAACAUAGCUUUGGUGAAUGGGGUAACAGGAGAGCUUUUGGACACAAAGAACUUUGAUAUGUGGGCAGGAGAUGUUUCUGACCUGCUGAAGUUUCUCCGGCCGCUCCAUGAGGGAACACUUGUGUUUGUGGCUUCCUUUGAUGAUCCAGCUACAAAGCUGAACGACGAGUCUCGACGACUGUUUGAGGAGCUUGGGAGCACAGCAGUGAAGGAGCUGGCCUUCAGAGACAGCUGGGUGUUUGUUGGAGCCAAGGGCAUCGAGAACAAGAGUCCCUUUGAGCAGCGUAUGAAGAACAGUAAGAGCAGCAACAAGUAUGAAGGUUGGCCUGAGUCUCUGGAGAUGGAUGGCUGCAUUCCUCUUCGGCCAGCCCUGGAAGGAUAGCUCUGCCCCAGUAUUCCCUCACAUACAGUACAAUAACACCUGGAUUAGCAGCAGCGGAUCCAAAUGCUGCUAGAAAGCCAAGGACCUGCUGAACAACCGUAACCAUCCAGGAUUUGGGCCACAAAUGAUGUUUUGUUUUUCUCCUCGUGGCAGAGGCAGGAGCUGACUUCAAAGAUUGUCUUGGGACUUGAUAUAUUUAAAAUUGCUCGAAACUGCUGUGAAGAUUUGUGCAUGCAUCUUUGUGUGCCACCUUUUGAACUGAAGUAAUGUGGUAGAAAUAAGGAAAAUGUUUGCGUCAGGUUGAGGGGAACUUGAGAGUCCAAAUGUUUGACGACCAAAGUGUAACGGUGUCUAGUAAAUGAAUACAGCUGGAGUAGGUCUUCCAAAGCCAUUGUAGGAAAUGCACAUUCAAUACAUUUGAUGAUCAGCAGGCAAAAGACACACCUUGCUAGUUUGACACUAAGGCAUUGGGAAACCUGAUCCACAUCAGCACAAGGAAAACAGCUGAAGUACUCUACUAGUUUAAAAGGUUCUGCUAAACUCAAGGUCUAUGUGCAGACUUUAUUUUUAAAUAUGUUAAUAUAUUUUCAACCCAUGACACACGGUAUAUAAUUCAGUGAUAUUGUUAUGCAUAGUGUUAGCUGUCAUUGUUUCCUUAGAACUUGAUGCACAGCACUUAUUGCUUGCCACUUGUUUACAAAUUUCUCAAGGCGAAUUUGGCCUGGGUCAUUUUCCUUUGAUAAACCUAUUUAUUGUAAUACUUUAUGACAAAACACGGAAGAUUUAAUUGUGCGGGUUCAUCAUAACACUGCCCGUGGUUUUAAUGUUGUCCCAGGCCUGCAAGCAUCGUUCCACUGAGUGCUUUAUUUAACAGAUUCAACCUAAAUGUGUGGUUGUGUGUGCUGUUUUUUUUAAAAUAUUGAAUGUAUCCACCUGGUGUCUUGCAAGCCUAACAUGUAGGAAAUGCUCGAUGCAUAAAAAUAAAAAGAUCUAUGUAUGGUUAGAGGUCCAUUUUAGCUGCCUUUGUCUGGACUAUGUUAUGUUACCUGUAAGUGUGAAGAUUUUUCUACAAAGCACCACAAUUUGUGCUCAUAUUGUGACA